AUGGCCAGGGACGGUGUAGCGGCUGUCCGGGCGGCGCGCAGCAGCAACAGCAAAAAGAGGUCACCGGCGCACAAGGCCCAGGACGUCCAGGUCAUGUCUACAAAUAGCAGCAGCAUCGUGUCCAAGCGCAGCGUCGAGAAGCUGUACUACCCGCGCGAGCCGCACUUUUUCCGCUUCUUCGUCCACAAGUUCAUGCGCCGCAGCCCCCUCAUCAACAGGGGCUACCACCUGCGCCUGCACGUCAUUGACGUCCUGGUGCGCAGGUUCCUGCAGGGUGUUGGUCCUGAUAGCAGUGGCAAGACGAAGGUCGUCGUGAAUCUGGGCUGUGGCAGCGACGUCCUCCCGUGGCAGUGCCUCUCGCGGUAUCCCGAGCACUGCGGGCGCGCGCGGUUCGUCGACGUCGACUUCCCCGAGCUGAUCGAGCGCAAGCGUCAGACCGUCGCCGCCACGCCCGAGCUGCUGGCCGGGUUGACGGGCGUGCGUGCGCAACAACAACAGCGACACCCCAGCGUCGUCUUCGAGAGCGACCGCUACGUUCAGAUUGGCUGCGACCUCCGCGAGCUCGCCACCCUCCAGCAGGCCCUCGCCGCGGUCCUCGGCGACCUGGCCGGCUGCGAGUUCCUGUUCGUCGCCGAGGUGUCCAUCACGUACAUGGAGACGGCGGGCGCCGACGAGGUGAUUCGGUGGGCGUCUACGUUGGGGGAUGCCGAGUUUGUUCUCCUCGAGCAGAUCCUCCCGGAUGGCGACGGCCACCCGUUCGCUACCACCAUGCUGCAGCACUUUGACAAGCUCAACACGCCGCCCAAGUCGGUGCGCGCGUACCCCAGCGUGGCGGAUCAGCAACACCGCUUCUCGUCGCGCGGGUGGAGCACCGCCGUGCGCGUGUGGACGCUCUGGCAGGCCUGGGCCGACGACACGUUUCUCUCGCCCGCGGACCGCGCCGCCCUCGACCAGGUCGAGCCCUUUGACGAGUGGGAGGAGCUUGCCCUCUUUGCCAGCCACUACUGCCUCGUGCACGCCAAGGUUGUCAGCGGUGGUGGUUCCGCUGCUGCUACAGAGGCCACGCCAAUGCCACCACCGCCCAGCUCGGCUUCGGUUCCAGUCCAGUCCGUGGCCCUGCAGUUCGACGCGUGCGCCGGGCAGCGGGGGCAGCGGCGGUUCGGCACUGCCAUGCUGCUGUCUUCCCAAGACAAUAGCAGCAGCACUAGUCCCGUCGUGCUGAACGUCAUGGGCCUGGGCGCAAAGAGCCGCCUGCAGUCGUGCGACGUCUUCGGGCAGGCCGGCCACGGUGACAACAACGGCGCGCUGGCUGCGCGGGAGUUCACCCUCGGCGAAGGGGGGCCUGCAUCCAGGAUGUGCCACUCCCUAACGGACCUCGGGGGGGGGCACGGCGUGCUCCUGGCAGGCGGGCGCGCGGGCCCGUCGAGCCCCUUCAAGGACUGCUGGGUCUUCCAACAGAGCGCGAGCGCGAGCGGGGGCGCUUGGAAACGGACCCAUGAUCUGCCGACGCCCUUGCACAGGCACUCGGUCACCGCGCUGGGGGCCACCGGUAUGGCCCUGCUGGCGGGCGGCAGAGGCGAGGCCGACGCGCUCGCCGACUGCCUCCUGUACCGGCCGCAGACGGGCUGGGUCGUCUGUGAGAUCCUCGGGCACGACAGGCCCGCAACCGUGUACGGCGCAAUGCUCUGCGCCCUCACCGGCGGCGAGACCAAUCCCAAUGCCCGCUUCAGCGGCGUCUAUGCCGGCGGUCUCCGCGACGGCGUCGUCGCUGACCAGAUCUUCCACUGGGAGCUGGAUAAACCCACCAUCAGGUACACCAUCCCGCGGCCGGCUGGCGCGCUUGACGAGGGCUGCUCGCGGCGGCUGCUCGCGCGGUUCGGCGCCGCCUGUCUUCCCCGCGCGUCGGCGUCGUCGCCCGGCGAGUUCGUGGUGCUCGGCGGCGUGGCCAGCGCGCACCUGCUGGACCACCAAGACGAGAUCCUCGUGUGUCGCGUCACGGCAGACGAAUACGAGAUCUGCUCGCGUCUCGUGGGCGGUCAGGGAAUGAUCACGACGACAACGCCACCGCUGCCGCGCCCGCUGCUGACGGGAACCUCGGCAUUGCUGGCGCCCCCCGACGGCCGCCGCGCCGUCGUCGUCGGCGGCGGCGCUACGUGUUUCUCCAUGGGCACGUUCUGGAACAAGGGCGUCUAUACCAUCGACCUCGGCGCGCCACUAUGCAGCAGCGGGGUGGUGGUAGAUGGGGUGCCGGAGGAGGACGCGCCUCCGCGCUGGGCGCACGAAAAGACGCUCGACAUCAUCCCCGGCAGCGGCAGCGAGCAGCGCGCCGCAGCACAAGAUACCGCGUCGUCGUCUGCAUCCGGCGGGCCUAGCCCCACCGUGACAGCCAUCGCCAGAGUCACGCUGGAGACGCCUGACGACUUCGCCAGAGUGCUGCGCGACGGUCGGCCGGUCGUGCUGACGGGCCUGGACCUGGGCGCGUGCGUGUCGACUUGGAGCCUCGACUAUCUAGCAAACAAGAUCGGGCACGAUCGCAAGGUCGUGGUGCACGAGGCUACGACGCAGGCCAUGGACUUCGCCGCUAAGAACUUCCGCUAUGCGACGGCCGGGUUCGGCGAGUUCGCGCGGCGCGUCGCGCACGGCGAGAGGCUGUACCUCCGCGCGCUCUCGCACGACCGCCCCGCCGAGAAGCCCGCCGCGCUGGCCGACGACUUUCCCGCGCUGGCGCCCGACUUUGCCCUGCCGCCGCAGCUGUCGGCCGUCGCCGACAGCCUCUUCAGCUCCGUGCUGCGCGUGUCCGGGCCCGUCAAUAUGUGGCUUCACUACGACGUCAUGGCCAACGUGUACUGCCAGAUCGCAGGAUCCAAGCGCCUCAUGCUGUUCCCGCCGGGCGACGUCGAGCAUCUGUCCUUCCCGCCGGGCGCCUCCAGCUCCAGCAUCGACGUGUUCGCGUCUCUGCAGUCGUCGUCUGACUCAUCCACAACAACAACAACAACAGCUCUAUCACAAACGCACCCGCACGAGGCCGUCCUGUCGCCGGGCGACGUGCUGUACCUGCCGCCGCUGUGGCUGCACACGGCUACCACUGUCGUUAGUAGUAGUGGCGGUGGCGAGACAAGCAUCGCGGUCAACAUAUUCUUUAGGGACCUCGACGGCGGUGCCUACGCGCCCGGCCGCGACGUCUACGGCAACCGCGACCUGGCGGCGUACGAGAAGGGCCGCCAGGACAUCGCCCGCGUCGUCGCCAGCUUCCAGAGGCUGCCGCCCGCCGCGAGGCAGUUCUACCUCCUGAGGCUGGCCGACGAGCUCCGCCGGAAGGCCCAGUGA